AUGGAGGAGCCCUCAGGGACGCCCCCGGACCCGGGGGAAUCCAAAGAGGCGCUCACGGAGCUGGUGGAUGCCACGGUGCAGUUUACGCAUCAGUUGAUGAAAAAGGGAGUCAGCCAAGCAACCCUCCAGGUGGCGGUCAGGUGUCGUCCCUUGAAUGAUUUUGAGAAGAGCCGCGGCUACGUGUCCAUCACAAGACUGGUCGACGACAAGGUGGUCAUCGUACUGGACCCCGAGCACCUGAAAGAGCAGCGGGAGACCAACUUGGACGUCCUCAAGAGGAGCAAGGAGAAGCAGUACGUGUUUGACCGAGCUCUGGGCGAGAAUGCCACCAACGCGAUGCUGUACAACGUCACUGUUGCCCCGCUGGUCCACGGCGUGUUACGCGGCCUCAACGCGACGGUGUUCGCCUACGGCGCCACGGGCAGCGGGAAAACGCACACCAUGGUUGGGGACGACCAAGACCCGGGGCUCAUGGUUCUCAGCCUGCGGGACAUCUUCGAACACAUCAGCCGGGAGCAGGAAAAGCAGUUCAUCGUGGAGUGUUCGUACAUGGAGGUGUACAACGAGUUGCUGUACGAUUUAUUGGAGAACAGUGAAAAGCCGCUGGAGCUGCGAGAAGACCCCAAACAAGGGGCGGUCGUCGUCGGCCUCAAACGGAUCCUCGUCCCGUCAGCGGACCACAUCUUUGCGUUGCUUAGAGAAGGGAACAAGCGGAGGAAGACCGAAAGCACCGACGCAAAUGCGACCUCGUCCAGGUCGCACGCGGUGCUGGAGAUUUUGUGCACCCGCAGCGACAAGAACUGCUACGCGAAGCAGGUGUACCAGGGCAAGCUGGCGCUGGUGGACCUCGCGGGCGCGGAGCGCGCGCACGAGACGAACAACGCGGGGCGGCAGCUGCGCGACGGGGCCAACAUCAACAAGAGCCUGCUCGCGCUCGCCAACUGCAUCAACGCGCUGGGCAAGCGGAAGAAAAAGGAGUUCGUCUUCGUUCCGUUCCGGAAUUCCAAGCUUACGCGGCUGCUCAAGGACGGGCUGUGCGGUAACAGCCGGACGAUCAUGGUGGCCACGGUCUCGGCGUGCAAUCAGCAGUACCAUCACACCGUCAACACGCUGAAAUACGCAAACAGGGCAAAAGAGAUCAAGACCCAUGUGCGCCGCAACCAGGGCACUGUAGACACCCACAUCAAAGAGUACCAGAAAAUGAUCGACAAUCUGCAACAAGAGGUCCGGACUUUACGGGGCGAGCUCACGCUCGCGCGCACGGGCAGGUUCUCAGCGGAGAGUUUGCAGGGUUUGGAGCGCGAGCCGAGCGACGCGGCCGCGCUCCUCGCGCGGUCGCCGAGCAUCGCGUCGGUGUCGCCCGAGGAGAGCGACGGCGCGGGCGCGCGCAUCGACACGGAAAUCGCGCGGCUCGCGCGCGAGCGCGAGGGGGUGUCGGAGGCGCUGUACCGGAUGGACGAGGAGAUCGUGGGGUGUAACAGCGAGAUACAGCAGUGGCAAAAUAAGGAACUGUUGGGGAUAAGUUUGCUGGGGCGAAACAGGCUGGGGGAAACAACGGGAGUACGUGGAGAGUCAGAAGUUGAGCAGGCGGAAAAGAAGUGCGAUGGGGACGAGUCGGCAGGGGGCCGGUCGCCGCGUCAAGGAAAGGGUUUAGGGGAGGGUUUGGAACGGACAGCGACGACCGCGAGUGACGUCAACGCAAGUUUGGACGCGUCGUGGUUGGGUGCGAGCGGCGAGCACGCGCAGAUGUUCUCUGAGGCGAUCUCGGACCUGCGCGAGUGCGAGCGCGCAGAAAAUCGAAGCGACGACGGAGCAGAAGCGCCGGGGACAUCUUCGGAGCCUAAAAACGAAAAUGACAAGACAACGCGGAAUGAUAACCCUAGUGGCUCGAACGAGAUUGAGGAGAAGUUGAAAGUCAUAGAAAAUGAGCGCGGGCGGCUGCGCGAGGAUCUGUCGGCCGUGGACGACGCGCUGCGCGCGCUGGAUAUCCGGAUAGACCGCGAGGUUUUAGAGGCGACGCGGCGCCGCGCGUUGCAUCUAGAGAUAGAGCUAGUGUCCGCGCGCGGUGGGCGCAAGGAGGCGGCGCGCGCGAUCGAGUCGCGGAACGAGAUCAUCGAUGAGCAGGCGGAGGUCAUCUCGGCGUUGUGGCAAGUGCUGGAAUGCGCGGGCAUCGACAAGCCGCGCGCUUUGGCGAUCGCAAAAGAGGGCGGCCUGCUCAAGGGCAGUCUAAGCCGGGCGGCGAGCGUCUCCGACGCGGCCGCGUCGCCGGAGCUCGCGGCCGGCAAGGCCGUGCGGCGGCGGCAGCGCUCGCUGGGCGGAACGCGCGCGAGCAGACGAUUCGCCUUUUGGCAGGAGCGGCUCAAGGACCUUCCGCUGAUACGCACUCCGUCCGCGCCGCCCACCAUUCGGAACGUCGCCGUCGAAAGUCCGCCGCCUCUGCCUAGCGUGGGCAUCAUCGACGAUAAGCACGAGCUGUUGCCCCCCACGGGGUGGGACAGCGCCCGCUCGUCAGAACCUGUGCUCAUGAGCCAUCAAUCUACGCCCGGAAGGCUGUCCAAGCCCUCCCGAUCAUACAACGCUUACGUCAGCCAGCAGCGUCUCCCCGGGCACGGCCCCACACCGGCGAGUCCCGGCCGGUCCCUACCGGUCGCAAACUUGCGAACGUCCAUCCCCCGAUCAGUCACCCCGGCAGAAACGGUCCGGUUGCCCGGGGGAACAACCCGGUCCAUCCAAGAGCAAGCUCCCGCUUCCGCUUCCCGGCGAAAGCGCGGGGGAUUCUGA